GCUUCAUUACAACACUGUAAUCGCCAGAGGGAGAGAGACAGAAAGGUAAAAGAAAAAUACAACAAGAAGCAGGAAACAUCUUUCAACUGCUGCCUUUGCUACUUAUUAUUUUAUUUUCCAUCUUCGACAUACCAACCUUCGCCGUGUGCGUUUUUGCUUUGAGUCCACAAACUUACUUUGGCACUACCCCCACCACCAAGUCAACAUGAAAGUCGUCGGAUCUACCUGCACCCUGAAGAGCAAGGUUAGCAGCGAGGACAUGGCGAGGUGCCUGUCAGAGCAGAGCCUGGCCAUCUCCAAAUGCAAGCUGCCGCUGCUGGACGAGCACAUGAGCGUCUUCCUCGACAUGAACGGAUGCUACAGCAAACUGAAAGAGCUGGUGCCCACUCUGCCACCCAACAAGAAGGCGAGCAAGGUGGAGAUCCUGCAGCACGUCAUCGACUACAUCUGGGACCUGCAGGUCGAGCUUGACUCCCCGGGGUUGGCACGGGCACAGGGCGCAAACAACUCCCCGCUGACCCGCUCACCGCUGACCACCCUGAAUGCCGAAUUAGGCAUUACCGUUGAGAAUGGUUGCGCAGAUGACAGAAUCCUGUGCCGUUGAGUUCGCAUCAGGAGUUGACUAGAGAAUCUACGUCUUCAGAAAAAAAUAAGGAAAUAAACUGAACAAGGUGUUGUCGAGUGACGGUUCGUCACUCCUUUAACCUUGACCUAGCAUGGAAGUAGAAAGCGUCCUACAGUAGAUGAGUGUAUAAGACUGUUAACGCGAAUUGGCAAGGGGGUUGCCCCACGAACACCUCACUGCUAAAGAGCUCACUUUCCGCUCACCAGCCAGUUAAGCUGGGACCCGGGACAUCGCUUCUGGACCUGUAGCUUGCGGGAGCAGUAGCAGCUCCUUCAGAAACUGGUGUCGUUUUCAUGAACAGCAUCGCAAUCGACAGUCCAGUGGGUGUUUCACAUUGACUUUUACAAGACAGACUUUGUUUUUUUAAAGUUUACAUGUAGGAGAGAUGAUAUGUUUUGUAAAAAAUGUUAACUUCUCAGAUUCCUGAGAGCUUUUAUAUAUUGUAUUGUAUAUUACAAUGUCUUACGAUGUGAACUUUAUAUUGUUUUUUUUACAAUGUAUUCAAAUGGUGUUUUUAUUAAAACAAAAUUAUUUUGAAAAUUGA